ACCAAACAUCUCAGCACUCUGAAUACACUUGGGGUGAGGUAAGACUGUGGACUGUAGUAAUUUUGUAGACUUUUUAUUUUUUAUUAUUUUCAUUCAAAGCAGCUUACACAGUUCAUUUGUUUAAGGGAAUUGUUCAAUAUCCAGACUUAGUUGGUACUGGGAUUCAAACACAACCAUCUGAGCAGUUUUUACCUUCUGAGCAGUGAAUUACAGGUGCCCCAUCAACUGUAACUUCUGUCUGACGUGUGCUUUUACACUGAAACUGGCACCAUACGCUUCAUUGAGGGGAUUUCAACUUUUUAAUGCAGACUGUCAUCAGCUGUGUGAUUCAGCAAUCUCCAACUUUUUUGCACCUCGGGCCAGUUUUAUGGAAAAAAAAAAUUCCAGACUGGAAAAACUGGUCACGCUAAUAACUAAACACCAUACUGUGUAUAUCAUAUUACUAUUAUACAUAUUAUGAUUUAAAUAUGAAUUUAAUUAUUACAUAAAGAUACAUGAAAGUGUAACUCGAAUGUAACCAUAAUGCAUGGACAACGUCGAGUUUAGUUAAUCGAUGCAUAGUAUCACGUGACUCCCAUAGAUGCUACACAAUGCACUAGAUCAGGGGCCCAAUACGUCGAUCGCAAUCUACGGGUAGAUCAAAUGACAUUUAAAAAAAUAGAUAUUUAUUAAUGCAUUUUUAUAGUAGGUAUAUCGCUGUGACAUGGUCAUUUCAUUAGGAUCUUGCAUGCUGAAAAGGUGUGUGCACCCCUGCAAUAGAUCAUGUUUUUUGGUCUGAAUCUUGAUAUUGUUACAAUAACUAUUGGAGUCACGUGACAAAAGAACUACCAACACUGUCAUAUUUUCAUUAUUGGAACUAUAGUCAAAGUUCGUCUGUGUAGACGCGUUGAUGAAUCUGCUUAUUAAAAUGGUAACAAUUUCUAUUAUUUCUGAUCAAAGGUACCAAAUGAACUAAAUGACUCGUUCAUAUUGGUGAACGAGAUUCAAAGAACCGAGUCACUAAAACGCUCCGAUCUUCCCAUCACUAAUUGCAGCCCCCUGGUGUAACUGCCCCCCCUUUCCCGAUCUCUCUCCAGAUCUCGCGAGAAGACACGAAGUUGGAGUCUGUAGCGCGUCUGACGACACACGGCUGCGUUGGGGGUGUUUUAGCUGCUCCGUGUCAUCUGAGAAGCGGAUCAGGGGAGAAAAAGAGAGAGAGAGAGAUUCCCCACCUUUUCCGGUGCAAUGCUUUUUAAAUGGUCUUGUUGCACAUUGAUCCAGUAGUCACCAAAUGAAGAGUUGCGACCCAGCGCUAACCGGGUUCCGCAGCUCUUCCUCGGCUCUCGUUGCUCCGGUGUUAGCUCGCGUUGCGUGCAGAUGCGCGUCCAGCCGCGGAGAGAAAAGAAGGAGGAGGAGGAGGGGGCAUGAGCACACCGCCGCGGAGGAGGAGGAUGGCUGUCCGCUCGCAUAACGGUAUCACCCGUGUUCAGCAAACCGCUUUCUCCGCGACAUUCUAAACUUUGCCUAUCCGCCUUAUUGCAAAAACCGACCCUUUCACAAAGUGUCUCCAGAUGGGUGUUCGGGUGUCGAGGAGUGCUUGUAGGCCCGGCGUCCGGCGCUCGGCUCCCCAGCCAGGGGCUGUUUUGUUCUAGUUGCUUCUGCUAGCCGAAGCGCUCACCGAAUGCCGCUGCACCGAACGAGUCUCGGGCCCUCGCCAGCGACAGACCCCAUAUUCCCCACGGAUACGCAAACACUCCCAAGCCGAGUCCUGAGAUGUAAAACGCGGCUCUUUGUCGCGCCUGGACCGUCUUUAGCAGGCCGGAAAGCAGAUCGCGCCGUGAUGUGGCUGUAAACGGACGCCUGAAAAUCGGCGUCGCUUUCGGUCUUUACUGCCCGAGAGCUCGAGUUUAAAACUGCUUCCCAUUGAAUUCCUGGCACCUUUCAGAACUAAUUCCCCUCCCGCAGAUCACCUGGACACACACACACACACACACUCUGACAUGGAUAAACUGACCAUCAUUUCAGGGUGUCUCUUUCUGGCUGCGGAUAUAUUUGCCAUAGCCAGCGUCGCAAACCCGGACUGGAUCAACACGGGCGAAUCUGCAGGUGCGCUGACGGUGGGUUUGGUGAGGCAGUGUCAGACCAUUCACGGCCGAGACAGAACCUGCAUCCCUCCACGAUUGCCACCUGAGUGGGUCACCACCCUGUUCUUCAUCAUCAUGGGCAUCAUCUCUCUCACGGUUACCUGCGGCCUCCUAGUGGCUUCACACUGGCGCCGAGAAGCCACGAAGUACGCGCGGUGGAUAGCCUUCACAGGAAUGAUCUUGUUCUGCAUGGCAGCGCUCAUCUUCCCCAUCGGCUUCUACAUUAACGAAGUGGGUGGCCAGCCGUACAAGCUGCCCAACAACACCGUGGUGGGCUCGUCUUACGUGCUCUUUGUGCUCUCCAUCUUCUUCACAAUAGUAGGGCUGCUGUUUGCAGGAAAAGUCUGCCUGCCUGGUUGAGGAUGCCAUUUUUCCUCCAGGGAUCGUCCAGAGGCUUUCAAUAGUGUUGUUUUUCUUUUUUUUUUCUUCUUUCUUUUCUUUUCUCGAAGAGGAACAAAAAAAUAGCAGCGCUCACUGUGGAAGAGAGCUGUCAAACGUGGCACGGUGACACUCCAGAUUUACAACUUACUCAGAAAAUGCCCGUGCACUCAUUCUCUCUCUCGCUCCACACAGCUUGUGGGUCCUGUCAGUGUCCCCCUGAGCUUAUUCGUCACGCCUGUCUUUCCUUUGCACUUCGGGUCGUCUGUCCAGCACGGGACAGAGGCGUCUCGGAAGGGUGAUUUGAAAGCUCACACUGAUUAGUUCAUCAUAGCUUAUUGUGUUUCAUGGACAAUUUUAUUAAUUUUUUGUUCAGUCACUAUAAUUUUACUUCAGGAUUGAACAUUUUUGUAUGGACACAUCGCUCGCUUUUGCUGAAAGGAAGACCUGAGGCUCCUUUAUGCCUUCAUCAGGAUGAAAAGGGAUCUGCAUACGUGAGAAAACUUUUUUUUUUUUUUUUUUUGUUUUGUUUUGUUAGAAUCACUACAGGAAACGGAAGCACUAGGACUGCCGGUCAGGACCCUGUGAGGCCAUGCCUCACUGUGCUAACUUCCUCAUCUUAGUGACUUGUUACACACACACACACACACACACAGGUCUGGUGACCAAAAUAAACUGCUACCUGCCCUUAUAUAUGCCCUGGACUCCAUCAGGUCAGUGUUUGACCCUCACUCUUCAUCCUGAGUUGUUCUUCUGACACUCGGGAUAUGUUUAGUGUUAUUUGCAUAAUGUGCCAUGAAUCAGUUUCCAUUUAUCAGUACUAAGGGCAGACUCGGUUCGAGGGAGCACUGUGCAGUAAAGCCAUUAGUAUUUGAAACACGGCAGAUGUACAAAAAAAAAAAAGAGACCUCCUUACCUCAUAUUUUUUUUUUUUUUUUGGUAAUUCAAAAUUUCUUUUUUGCUAACCAUGAUGAUGUGUGCCCUGUAAGUUAUAUCUUGCCUUGGUCAGAGAUGUUUUUUUUUCUCAAGGGGAAAAAACAAACAAAAAAAUGCUGUGAUCAUUGCAAAUUAUUUAUGUGACACUGAAUAACAGGAGAACAAGAA